UGACGGCGGCGGCGCCCCUGGCCCGGCAGCGCCGAGGCCGCUUCGCCAGGGAGCCCGCGGCCGGCGGCGGCCGGGCCAUGAAGAGCGGUCGGGGACGGGCCGGGCCUCGCUGACCCCGGCCCCGCGCGGCGGCCUCCCCCGCUUCCGCCCCGCCCUCUCGGCAUGAGCGUCCGCCCGGGCCCGGGGCCGCAGCUGCCCCAGUCCGGCGGCCCACGGGCGCGCUCCGGGCCGGCGGGCCCGCGGUGCUGAGCCCGGCCCGCCGCGUUGCGCUGCCCGCCCGUCCGCUGCAUGCCCCGGGGGCGCGGCCAUGGAGGUGGUGGGCGACUUCGAGUACAGCAAGAGGGACCUCGUGGGACACGGGGCCUUCGCCGUGGUCUUCCGGGGGCGGCACCGCCAGAAAACUGAUUGGGAGGUAGCUAUUAAAAGUAUUAAUAAAAAGAACUUGUCAAAAUCACAAAUACUGCUUGGGAAGGAAAUUAAAAUCUUAAAGGAACUUCAGCAUGAAAAUAUUGUCGCACUCUAUGAUGUUCAGGAAUUACCCAACUCUGUCUUUCUGGUGAUGGAGUAUUGCAAUGGUGGAGACCUGGCAGAUUAUUUGCAAGCUAAAGGAACUCUGAGUGAAGAUACUAUCAGAGUGUUUCUGCAUCAGAUUGCAGCUGCCAUGCGAAUUCUGCACAGCAAAGGAAUAAUCCAUAGGGAUCUCAAACCACAGAACAUCUUGCUGUCUUACGCCAAUCGCAGGAAGUCGAGUGUCAGUGGUAUUCGCAUCAAAAUAGCGGAUUUUGGUUUUGCUCGUUACCUGCAUAGUAACAUGAUGGCUGCAACUCUGUGUGGGUCCCCAAUGUACAUGGCUCCUGAGGUUAUUAUGUCUCAACAUUAUGAUGCUAAGGCAGACUUGUGGAGCAUAGGAACAGUGAUAUAUCAGUGCCUAGUUGGAAAACCACCUUUUCAGGCCAAUAGUCCUCAAGACCUAAGGAUGUUUUAUGAAAAAAACAGGAGCUUAAUGCCUAGCAUUCCCAGAGAAACAUCACCUUAUUUGGCUAAUCUCCUUUUGGGUUUACUUCAGAGAAACCAAAAAGAUAGAAUGGACUUUGAAGCAUUUUUUAGCCAUCCUUUUCUUGAGCAAAUUCCAGUAAAAAAAUCCUGCCCGGUUCCGGUGCCUGUGUAUGCUGGCUCUGUCUCUGGAAGCUCCUGUGGCAGCUCUCCAUCGUGCCGUUUCGCCUCUCCACCAAUGAGGACCCAAACUAAGGCAACGGUAGGAAAGGAGAAGAGGGGCCAGUCCCUUCCAGAUAUGCAGCAUAUUCAGGAAGAAAACUUAUCCUCCCCACCAUUGGGUCCUCCCAACUACCUACAAGUGUCCAAAGAUUCUGCCAGUACUAGUAGCAAGAACUCUUCUUGUGACACGGAUGACUUUGUUUUGGUUCCACACAACAUCUCGUCAGACCACUCAUAUGAUAUGCCAGUGGGAACUGUUGGCAAACGUGCUUCAAAUGAGUUCUUGAUGUGUGGAGGGCAGUGUCAGCCUGCUAUGUCGCCUCACAGUGAAACAGCACCAAUUCCAGUUCCUACUCAGAUAAGGAAUUAUCAGCGCAUAGAGCAGAAUCUGACAUCUACUGCUGCCUCUGGCACAAAUCCGCAUGGUUCUCCAAGAUCUGCAGCGGUACGAAGGUCUAACACCAGCCCUAUGGGCUUCCUCCGGCUGGGAUCCUGCUCCCCGGCACCAGCAGACACAGUACAGACAGUUGGACGAAGACUCUCGACUGGGUCUUCCAGGCCUUAUUCACCUUCCCCUUUGGUUGGUACCAUUCCUGAGCAAUUUUGUCAGUGUUGCUGUGGACAUCCUCAGGGCCAUGAAUCCAGGAGUAGAAACUCAUCAGGUUCUCCAGUGCCGCAGGCUCAGUCACCACAGCCUCUCUUACUGGGGGCUAGACUGCAGAGCGCCCCCGCUCUCACCGACAUCUACCAGAACAAGCAGAAGCUCAGAAAGCAGCACUCGGACCCCGUGUGCCCGCCCCACCCCGGGGCUGGCUACAGCUGCUCGCCUCAGCCCAGUCGGCCUGGCAGCCUUGGGACCUCUCCCACCAAGCACUUGGGGUCCUCUCCUCGGAGUUCUGACUGGUUCUUUAAAACUCCUCUACCAACAAUUAUUGGCUCUCCUACUAAGACCACAGCUCCUUUCAAAAUCCCUAAAACGCAAGCAUCUUCCAACCUGCUAGCCUUGGUUACUCGUCAUGGGCCUUCUGAAGAGCAGUCUAAAGAUGAGAAUGACCCACGGGAAUGCUCUCAUUGUCUCUUAGUACAAGGAAGUGAGAGGCAGAAGUCUGAGCAACAGAACAAGGCAGUGUUUGGCAGAUCUGUCAGUACUGGGAAAUUAUCAGAUCAACAAGUAAAGACACCUUUAGGUGGACGUCAGGGCAGCACGGAUAGUUUAAAUACAGAACGACCAAUGGAUAUAGCCCCUGCAGGAGCCUGUGGUGUUGUGCUGGCGCCUCCUGUAGGAACAGCAGCAAGUUCCAGGGCUGUCCUGUUCACUGUUGGAUCUCCUCCACACAGUGCCACAGCCCCCACUUGUACCCAUAUGGUCCUUCGAACAAGAACAACCUCAGUGGGCUCCAGCAGCUCCGGAGGUUCCCUGUGCUCUGCGAGUGGCCGCGUGUGUGUGGGCUCCCCGCCUGGGCCGUGCCCGGGGUCUUCCCCUCCGGGAGCAGAGACAGCUCCCAGCCUGAGAUACAUGCCUUAUGGUGCUUCACCUCCUAGCCUAGAGGGGCUCAUCACCUUUGAAGCCCCUGAACUGCCAGAGGAGACACUGAUGGAGCGAGAACACACAGACACCUUACGCCACCUGAAUGUGAUGCUGAUGUUCACUGAGUGUGUGCUGGACCUGACAGCUGUGCGAGGAGGGAACCCAGAGCUGUGCACGUCUGCUGUCUCCUUGUACCAGAUCCAGGAGAGUGUGGUUGUGGACCAGAUCAGCCAACUGAGCAAAGACUGGGGGCGGGUGGAGCAGCUGGUGUUAUACAUGAAAGCAGCGCAGCUGCUGGCAGCGUCUCUGCAUCUCGCCAAAGCCCAGAUCAAGUCUGGGAAGCUGAGCCCAUCCACAGCUGUGAAACAAGUUGUCAAAAAUCUGAAUGAACGAUAUAAAUUCUGCAUCACCAUGUGCAAGAAACUUACAGAAAAGCUGAAUCGUUUCUUCUCUGACAAACAGAGAUUUAUUGAUGAAAUCAACAGCGUAACUGCAGAGAAACUCAUCUAUAAUUGUGCUGUAGAAAUGGUUCAAUCUGCAGCCCUGGAUGAGAUGUUUCAGCAGACUGAAGAUAUUGUUUAUCGCUAUCAUAAAGCAGCCCUUCUUUUGGAAGGCCUCACUAAGAUUCUCCAGGACCCUGCAGAUAUUGAAAAUGUACAUAAAUAUAAAUCUAGUAUUGAAAGAAGAUUGUCAGCACUCUGCUAUAGCGCCUCAACCAUGUGAGCGGCAGCAGGCUUGUCCCAUGGACCAGUAUGAGGGGAGACGGCUGGGAGUGUAGCUUGGAUUCUGUCGUCCCAUCCCCAGGAAACUGAAGUUUCUUACCUGGUGACUACCAAAGAGCAAGCAGUGAUUUCAAAAAGGAAAAACAACCCAAAAACUACAUAUUUGUAGGAAAUCUGCCUUAUCGGAGAAGCUACCCCUUCCCUCUUUCUUUGUAGAAGCAGACACAAGAGUAUUCCACUUGGCUCUCAGUUUGAACUUGGUAAAUAAAUGCACCUUAGAACUAGAAUUAUCAGUACAGUUAUUCUUAAGGAUAAUUAAGAAGGAAACAAAGUGAGUGGCUCUUCACUCAGUUUACCAGAGCAGUGUGUGAAAUUCCACGUGUUUACUGAGGUAUAAAAGUAAAAAAACCUACAUCUCAUCCAGGCAGUUUGAUAUGUGGGGUGAGUUUGUCUAAAUCUGAGCAUGCAUCCUUAACCACCUCAGGAAGAAAUAGCUUAAGAAGAAGCAAAAGAUGGCUCUUGGAAGAAAUUGUGAAAUCUUCAAUUUGAUCUAAUAUGGACACAUGUUAAUCUUCCAAAAUCUUUCAUAUUGCACUAAUUUAUUAAAACAACCGUGUGUUGGAUUUUGCAAUUUAAAACUAACUGCGGCACAAUGGACUUGUUUAAAAUAUUUUACUUGAUUAUAUACACGUACCCUUUCCAGAAUUCACAUGUAAUCUCUAGUGAACUUUUCAAUGGUAAAAACUUGUGUUCAUGUGAACCUUCGCAUUUUUUUAACCUAUUCAUCUACACUUGCAGAUCUUCUCAGCAAUAUUUUUGAGUUGCUGGUUGUUUGCUUUUGGUUGCAUUUUUUGUGCAUGUAGAAUGUGCAUUGAUGCCUGUGACCUCUAGGUUUAUUAAAGGCUGGGUUUGUUUGGGCAGUGUUAGAAAAAAUAUCAGUCAAGAGAUUCUCUCAAGAAUUUUAAUAGGGCCAAAACAAAGUUGGUGAUCUGAAGGCUUGUUAGUGAUGUGGAGUUUCUACAUGAAGUUAGUGAAAAAUGAGGUUUGUUUUCUAUUAGGAAAAUGGGCAGCUCUCUUCAGCCUAAUGUGUAUUUUUCAUGUUAAUCCUGACAGUUCACCAAACAGCUAGUCAUGGAGAAUGCAGGCAGUUAACAUCCCUCCAGAAAUGGUUCCUACAUUGUAUAUUACUUGGUUUCUUUUACUUACCUGCUUGAAUACUUGAAUAAACCAUUCUCCAGUUUUAAUCUUUUUACUUUAAUCCCUUUAGGUAAUAUAAUCUGAACUCGGACGAAUUGCACAGAAACUCUUUGGCAUUAAUCUAAUUUUAGUGUACUGAUAAAAACAAAAUAUGGUUUUCCUUUACUUUGACAAAGUAAUGUAAUUUUUACCUUAUUUAUCUCUAUGAAAUUCCAGCAAUUAAUUUGAACAUUUAUUUAUAUGAUGUUUGUAUUUUUAGGUCUUUAAUACAGUGUUUCUACCUCUCAUUUGUAACUGCAUGCAUUAUUCUUGAAACUAGGUAAAACUCACUGAAUUGUUGUGUAAUAACCUUUUUAUUAUUGCCUGUACAGAUGUAUAUUAAGGUAAAAUAAAACUGACAAAGUGUUUCUAGGGUAAAGCUGGGUCCGUAUUACGUGGCUUGUCAGGCCAGGUCCUUCCUUAGUGAGUUUGGAGGUUUGGUCAUUAAUAUCCUUUGUCCUGUCCCCAGGAUUUCAGAUUCUCAGUGACUGUCACGCAGGCUGCCAGGAAUGUAGACUUUAGUGAGGGUUCCUACCCCUCCCUGCAGGAGUUCGAACCACUAUUGUUAGUGAUAUUCUAUUUUGUAUAAUUUUUUCGAGUAUACAGGGUGAUUUCCUUUAUGUUCUCUCAGAUAUCACCCGUGUUUUCUCAGUGGAGCCUCCAAGGGGCUGGGUUCAUUCUGGCCCCUCCUCCCCUCCCAUUUUUUUUUAAACACAGGAUGAAACAGGUUCACAGUAAGUGAUUGAUCUGAAGUCAGGUGACUAAGGAAGUGGUUAAGCCAUGCUUUGUGACUUCCAAGUUCAUUCUUCCUCUUGUGUAAUAAAGGUCUGUGGUAGAUCGUAUGUGUGAAACCGUGAAGUCUGAACAACAGAGGAGAACAAACUGUGAAUUCAUGAAUAAUGGUUCUGAUUAUACUUCCAUUAUCAAGGCCAGUUGUUUUAAGAGAGUUUGCCUUGAUUAUAGCAAUAAUAAACAAAUGCUUUAUGUUUCCACGA